GGUUCCGUGGCUCUGUGGGGCGGUGUCCGGAGAGCAACGGGGCCCAGGCGGUCCGGGGUUCGCGUCACACUCCCGGAGGUGUCGGAACUGCUGAGCAGGCGGGGAGUGGCGGCCUGCAAGAUUCUCGAGCAGGGACCAUGGGCUGUUUCUUUUCCAAGAGGAGGAAGGCGGAGAAGGAGUCGCGGCCCGAGGGCGAGGAGGAGCAACCCAAACAGUACAGCUGGGACCAGCGCAAGAAGGUGGAUCCAAAAGAGUAUAUGUUUAGUGGACUGAAGGAUGAAACUGUAGGUCGCUUACCUGGGAAAGUGGCAGGACAACAAUUUGUCAUUCAAGAUUGUGAGAACUGUAACAUCUAUAUUUUUGAUCACACUGCUGCAAUUACUAUUGAUGACUGUACUAACUGCAUAUUUUUUCUGGGACCCGUGAAAGGCAGUGUAUUUUUCCGCAAUUGCAGAGAUUGCAAGUGCACAUUAGCCUGCCAACAGUUUCGCAUGAGAGACUGUAGAAAACUGGAAGUCUUUUUGUGCUGUGCCACUCAGCCCAUCAUUGAGUCUUCUACAAAUAUCAAGUUUGGCUGCUUUCAAUGGUACUACCCUGAAUUAGCUUUCCAGUUCAAAGAUGCAGGGCUAAGUAUCUUCAAUAAUACAUGGAGUAACAUUCAUGACUUUACGCCUGUGUCCGGAGAAUUCAACUGGAGCCUCCUGCCAGAAGAUGCUGUGGUUCAAGACUAUGUUCCUCUACCUACUACAGAAGAGCUCAAAGCUGUUCGUGUUUCCACGGAAGCCAACAGAAGUCUCAUUCCAAUAUCCCGGGGUCAGAGACAGAAGAGCAGUGAUGAAUCAUGCUUAGUGGUAUUAUUUGCUGGCGAUUAUACUACUGCAAAUGCCAGGAAACUAAUUGAUGAGAUGGUUGGUAAAUGCUUUUUCCUAGUUCAAACAAAGGAAGUGACAAUGAAAUCUGAGGAUGCUCAAAGAGUUUUCAAGGAAAAAGCACCUGACUUCCUUCCUCUUUUAGACAAAGGUCCUGUUAUUGCCUUGGAGUUUAAUGGAGAUGGUGUUGUAGAAGGAUGUCAUCUCAUUGUAAAUGAGAUAUUCAAUGGGACCAAGAUGUUUGUAUCAGAAAGCAAGGAAACAGCAGCUGGAGAUGUAGACGGCUUCUACAACUUUGCUGAUAUACAGAUGGGAAUAUGAAGUGUAAUUUGGAACCAAGGACUUGGUAUUAAGCUUUUCCAACUUGUUUAUGUAGAGUAUGAUAAUAUACAUUUUUGUAUUAGCAAUGAUUUUUACUAUGCUAAAAUUUUUAAAGUUUAUUUUUAAUAAAUUGAUGAGUACUGCAUUAUUUACUUGAGGCUCAAAAAUAGUUCAUUUUAAAUUGAAUAGUUUUAAUUAGCGUUAAAGUAUUGAACCGACUCCUCCACUAAGCUUGCAGUUUUAUUUCUUUGCAUAUGAUACUCGUAUUAGAAAAUAGAAGUAACUAAUAGUUCAUUUUUUUUAAUCCUAAGUAAAUGUUCUUCCAAAUUUCUAAGAACGUAGACUUUCAUCGGUGCUCCAUGAUAUUUGUUUGAGAAUACAUUUUUUUUUAUUUAGAGGGACUUUUUACUAUUUGAUCUAGCAUAAUAAACCUGUAUAUGUUAUUUACAUGUGUGCAUAUUCAUUUAAACAAUUGUUUCCUAGUUGCAUGAUCUAGCAAAUGAGAUUUUGUACAUGGAGUUGAUGUAAUACUUUGUACAUUGAUUUUUAAAGAGAUAGGUAUUUGAUAACCAGUUUUGCAAGUUAAACUCUACUAACCGAUGUUGGUAUAGCAAUUUAAAGACUACUUUGUGGGUAGCAUGAUUAUUUGAAUAAAUCCCAUACUGUUUAGUUUUUUAACACAAUGCUGGCUGAUUCUUCUGCUUCCUGAUAAGAAAAGGUAAAUAUGCAAGACUAAUAAACUCUAGAUGCCCUAUCACUGGCAGUUCUUAAAAAGGAAAUUGUUUUAUUAGAUUUUGUAGGCUUUUAAGAGCAUUAGAACAAAACCUGGACAAACAGGUUAAGAAAUGCUGAGGCAUGGUUAUAAGCUAUGCAAAUUAUUUUUAAAUUUCUACAUGAGUUUUACUUUCAGUAAAUAUACCUCACAAGUCAAAAAAUGUUGAAGUACGAUAAACUUAUUUUAGUUGCUUUGAAGCAUUAUUUCCCAAACAUGCUGCUCAUUUACUAGGGCCAAGGAAUCUACUUAUUAAAAAUACACCUUCUUAGGCUCAAUCUCCAGAUGAAUGCUAUCAGUCUCUAGGGACACUCUUUUGAGGAGUAUGUUAGAAUCUAAAAUAAUCAGAGAAUAUUGCUAGGACAGCUUAUGAGAAGGAACUCAACCUGCCAUUCACAUUAUAUGUAGAAGCUAAUAAGAAACCAGCUUUAAUAGGCCUAUUUUUUAAAGAAACUUUAAAUUUAAUUAUAUUUUGAUGAAACAAAGAUUGAAAAUGCCACUUGUAAAAUUCCUCUUAUUGUUUAUUACUAAAAAGAGUAUUUUCAUGUUUUAAAUGAAAAUGUUUGGGGAUAUUUUCCGAUUAGUUUUAAUUCCUACAUUGAAUUGUGUAUGGAUGUUCAGAAAUAGUACACUGAAAGACUUUUCACAUUAAAUUAGUAAUAUUGAGCACCCAGCCACCCUGUGCGUGGCCUUAUGAUACCUGUUAGCAGUGCAUCGUUUCAAUACUUCUAUUAAGGCAUUCUAUACUACAAAACUAGAUUCUCUUUUAGAACAAACUAUUUCAUAAGGUGCAAAUCAAAUUGGGUGAUAAUUUGGAUCACAAUUUACAAAUGAGCUUUACAAACAAUGAUCAGAGGGCAUUAUUUUUCCCUUAUCUAAGCUGUUAGUGUGCUUGUUAGUUGCCAGUCGGGUUAAUCCAACUCAUGGUGACCCCAUUCAACAUAUUCUCUGAUUAUGAUUAUAUUAUGAAACAUCAUUGUUCCCAUUAAAAAUGAGCACAAUAUUUAUUGCUUUAGAAAAAUACACUUCCUUCAGCAAAACUUACAAUUAAGUUCCUUAUAACAUCUUAGCAAAAACUCAGGAAUGUAAUAUAUAAAGGAGAUAUUAACUAAAAUUUUUCCAUUAGAUUUAGUGUCUAUUAACCAAAGCCUAAAAUUUUAUAUACUAAAGUUAGAUAGGAACUCUUACCUGAGUUUAAUAUGUCUUUAAGAACAAUAAUUUGGCUUCUGAAUGUUUAACUGGAUUUUAAACAAUAAGUAAUAAUAAGUAUAAUUAGUUCUGUUGUUUAAAAAAUUGGUAGUAAUCUGAAUAUACAUUUAAUUGUUUAGCUUUGGUUUCAUGAAAAAUGAGUAGCUUUCUUAAAAUUAUAUAUAUUUACAUUUGAUAUUAGCUUUAUUUCUAUUCUUUUAAUAGUACUACUGUUCUUGCUUCUGGAUAUUUAUGCCUGGCUUUUGUAUGUAAU